CCCUGCGUCACGUCACCCGCCUCCUUAGCAUAACCCCCAGGAUUCAUUGCGCGACCACCAGAGUCAACAGGAAUGUUGUUGAGUUAAUGGCGUCCACAAAGAAAUGCGAGUAAAGGAAACAACAUCUUAAUGGUCCGUUUGGGCUAUAAAGUCGUAUGUCUCCGAAGUCAUCUUGGUGAUUUUCUUGCAGUGGUUGGAACUGACUGAGAUAUUUAUAACUACCAGAAGAAAAAGACAGGAUUUUUACAGCUGGAUGUUUGACAUGGAUGGCAUCUCUACAAAUUAAAGCAAUUCACUCGUCAACAAUUCAGGCUGCUAACCUUUCAACUGAACCAAAGGGUCUCAUCUCAAAACAUCACCUAUCCAUAUUCUCCAGGGACAUUGCCUGACCUACUCCAGCACUUUGUAUCUUCUUCCAACGUUCCUCCAGAACUGGUCUCACUUUUCCAGCCUAAUGCAAGGGUACCAUCCUGAAACUAUAACACUUUAUCUCACCAUUGCUGUGCUCUGACACAGUAUCUUCAGCAGUUACUGUCUAUACAGUACAGCCUCUAUUAUGGAACUCUUUAUAAGAUUUCAGCUAUAACAGACCAAAUCGGUCGUAGACCAAGUUCAUUGUCUCAUGGAAUGGCCGCUAGGUGGUUGGAGAAAAUCUUGUCUCAGUCUGUGUUUCCCGCCACUCAGUGUCAGAGCAUUGUUGUGCACUCACCCUGUUUACAGUGUUUAGUCACUUUUUGCUUUAAAUUAUCAUUGCGGUGAUUGACCAUGGCUUCCAGAGAGAACGGUGGUGUAAAAAGAAAGCGUGUUAGCCUAAGUGUUAACCAGAAACUAGAACUAAUAAAGAAGUUAGAGGCUGGUGCUACGGUAGCGCACGUAUGUGAAGAAUAUGGUGUGAAAAAACAAACUGUGUCAGACAUACGAAAAGCAAAGGACAAGCUUACUGCAUUUUCACUAAAGUUCGGAGUACCUUCCACAUCUAAAACUUCCUCUGUUGGUGGAAGGAAGCACAUGAGAGUUGCACAAGAUAAAGAUCUUGAGGAAGCAGUCUACACGUGGAUCAUGCAAGAACGUUCCUGUGGUGUAAACGUCCGAGGUUCGGAGAUCCAAAAUGCAGCAGCCAAACUAGCCAAGCAUAUGGGAGUGGAGAAGUUUCAAGCUACUGCUGGGUGGCUAUGGCGAUUUAGAAAUCGCCAUGGCAUGGUUAAAACGGUUAUUCAUAGUGAAGCUGCCAGUGCACCAACAGAAGUAGUGGAAACUUUCAGGACGGGGCUGAAUGAUGUAAUCAAGAAGGAAGGUUUUCUACAUUCCCAAGUGUAUAAUGCAGUUGAAACGUGUCUGUUUUGGCGGUCACUCCCUCGCAAUACCCGAGCAUUUAAACGUGAAACUGCCCUACAUGGCCACAAAUUGAACAAAGAGAGAUUCUCAGUGUUGUGUUGUGCAAAUGCAGAUGGUAUGCAUCGUCUACAAUUAGCUGUUGUGGGGAGAUCAGCACGCCCACGGGACUUAGAAGACAUAAUGCGCCAGCUGCCAGUGCAUUAUUACAACUCCAAGAAAGCUUGGUUUAAUUUGCACAUUUUUAGUAAUUGGUUUUUCACUCAUUUCAUUCCUGCUGUGCGUAAGUAUCAGGAAGAUGUCCUCAAACUUCCUGCAGAUGAAGUUAAGGCGCUACUGAUUUUGGAUAACACGCCUGCUCACCCUAAUGUUUACAAGGCUGUCAGUAAUGAUGGGAAAAUUAGGUGCAUGUACCUGCCACCUGAUACAUUGCUGAUCCAGCCAAUGGAUCAGGGUGUAGUUGUAGCUUGCAAAAGACUAUACCAGUGGUGGUAUUUACAUGAAGUUCUCGUGGUCAUAAAAGAGGAGGAAGAUUUUGUUGAUGAUACCCGAGGGAUACCAAGACUCACUAACAUCAAGAAUUACAAUCUGAAAUCAGCAAUAUUCAACUUAGCAGCAUCGUGGAAGGCUAUGAAAAUUACAACACUGGCUAAUGCAUGGAAAAAGCUUCUGUAUAAUGUGGAUGCAGAAUAUGACUUUGAAGGGUUAGAAGUCAGGGAUUUUCAUUGUAUCCUUCAAAGGGCAGGAGAGACUGAAGUUACAGAAGAUGAUGUUAGCACCUGGCUAGAAGACACAGAGGGUGAUCCUGGGUACAAAGUUUUGCCAGAAGAUGAAAUAGUGAAUGAAGUUCUCAUUGGCAAUAACAGAGAUAACAGUGAUGAUGAUGAUAAAAAAACAGUGGAUAAUAAACCAAAACUCUCUACUGUACGAGAUUCAAUUGAUACGAUUAUCUCCUACAUUGAUUUGUCAUCACAACCUGAUGUGCAGCCUUAUUAUGAACAUUUUAAAGCAUUCAGAGAGAUUAUUGUAAAGAAGCAGCAUCAGCAGGGUAAACAAAUGAAACGUGACAAUGAAACUGUUGCUUAAGCUGUUGACCCUAUCCCUCCUCUUUUACCACAGCCUUCUUACAAGUGUGUGGGGUCACAGCUAGUGGGUGGGUACAAUGUUACAAGUUUAUUCACAAUGUUUAAAGUUUAUCUACAAUGUUUAAAGUUUAUUCACAAUAUUUAUAGUUUAGCAUGGAAGCCCACCAAGUCCGCACCACCCAAAGAUUGCCCGUACACUAGUUCUUUCCUAUAAACCUACACGUCUUUGGAAAGUGGGAGGAAACCAGAGGAAACCCACGUGUCCACAGGGAGAAUGUGCAAACUCCCCACAGACAGGACCCGAGGUCAGGAUUGUACUUGGUUCUCUGGGGCUGUAAGGCCACAACUCGUAACACUGCGCCAUUGUGAGGG